GCUUAAGGGGUAACUGUCGGCAGCUGAUCUCAACUCGGCGUGUUCUUUCAAUCCCAUACACAAAUCAACACUCCCCCACCUAUCUCGACAUAUUCAGUAGCGAUGGCUUCUCAAAAUGAUACGAAUUUUCUUGGAGAUAAAGACUGGAAAUCGUUUAACAUAAGGACUUUUUCUGUCACGAGUGGCCGGUCUGUUGGUGAAAUAGUUAAUGUGGCAAUGGAAAUUCAGGAAAAGGCAAGACGUGAAGUAGUUAUAACCAACACUGAAAAUAUGGAUGUCUCGUUUCAUUCACGUCUGGAGAGAGCAACAGAUAUCACUGUGCUAAAACGCCUUUUGGGAGAUAUACGACAACAGCAAGCAGCUCUCCAACAACAGCAAGCAGCUCUCCAACAACAGCAAGCAGCUCUCCAACAACAGCAAGGAGCUCUCCUACAACAGCAAGGAGCUCUCCUACAGCAGCAAGGCAAAGUUAUAGACAAGAUGUGCUCACAUAUCCCGACAGGAGAUCUUAUCGAAGAGUGAUGUUGGCAAAAUAAACAUGGUUUGUUUUUUUAUAAGAUCAUACUCUCCAAAAUUUCAGUACUCUUAUAAUAAAGAUAUAAAAUCUUAGUAAAUGAUCUUCAUUAUCAUAAGUUUAUUCGAAUACUAUCACAGAUUAAUUGUUGAUGUCAAAAUACAGUGAUCAACGUUCA